AUGUAUCCUACACUGCUUGUGUUUGCUAGCCUUGUGGCCGCCAUCGCCAGUGUUGGCUCUCAGGGGACCUCGUCAGACGGUUCACCUGUGGACGCAUGGAAGACUGUGACUCUGAAGGACGCUUUUUACCUCAUCUUGCGUUCCUAUGAAAAUGAUGACGGCCUCGGAGGCACCGGGAAAUGUGUCUCCAUACAAUUGUCCGAGAAAAACGAAGGAUCCAAGACCACGAACAGCAAAAUGAUGUACAGGGACCCUCAGACGAACCAAAUGAAAGAAAAGAUCGUGACUGUCAAAGUGUCCAGCGAAGCCCGCGACACCGUCGAAAUAAGCGAUGGGACAUGCGAAACGUCGACCACUAAAUGUCGGUUCCUUUAUUCGGAUUACGGAACCUGUGACGUGGUAACAGUUUUGGGAACAAACGAACCAAAAUGUGAGCUCUGGGUCAGUGCAGCGGUAGCUUCCGGAGGCGAUACAAGCGGCAAUCAGAACAUCGCUAAAUGCGAAGAAGAAUACAAGAAGAAAUGCUCAGACCAAAAGAAAUACGAAAUCUACGAUAAAGCCACAUGCAGUUCCCAAUAG